CUCCAUUUGAGAGGCUCUAAGUCUCUCUUCUCUUCCAAGCCAAAAAAAAAAAUUCCAAAAAUGGCGUCCAUCUACACUUGCAUAGAAUGUGGAACAAACCUGAAUCUAAGCACAACCCAUCUCUACCCACAAGACUUCUACUUUGAAGCAGGAAACAAAGGCACCCUCUCAUUUUCUUCAAUAGACUCGACAAAAUUCAAGUUUGAAGAAGAAGACAAGAUCAGGCCAUUUUUUGAGACGGUGAACUACUGGGGCAUUCAAAGAAAGAGAACCAAGAUUAAGUGUAAUAGCUGUGGCUGUCUUGUUGGUUAUAUCUAUGAUGAUGGGCAGCCUUCAACUAUUAGUCCUGGUCAGUUUGGUCUUGGUCCUAGUCAGGCUAUUCCAAGGGCUCCUAGGUAUAGGUUCAAGACUAAGGCUCUUAGGAUUGCUUCUGAAACUUGAAGGGUUCGUGAUUGAUCGAGGCUUAUUGGGUUUUUGAGUUGUUGAUUUUUGUGUAGGAUGUGUACGGUUUGGAGGUGUUUUAGAUGGAUUGGUGGUUUGAGUUCAUGGGCCCUUGAUUAUUGCUGUUGUUUCUGUACUAGUGGCAAAUUCGAUGUGAAUAUUUUUUUGUAGUGUUAAAAUCAUGUUUUGAUGAUCUUUGAUUCUUGGAUAUUUUUUUUUUUGUAUAUCUGUCGAUAAAGAAUAAAGCUUUUGUUUCUGGGAA